AACCCCUUCGUCUCCUUGCGUUUGAACCUAUACUUUUGAAUUCGCUGACAUCACCAACUGCUCCUGUCUCAAACCCUAGGUGGAAGAGUCUCUGCAUUUUCCUCGCUAUUCAUUCCUUUUUGGCUCAAUGUUUCAUUGAUUCUUCAUUUUGUUUGGAUUUUUUGUGCUGAUAACUUGAAUUAGUUGAGUUCAAGGGGUCAAGGUAGUUGUAUAAUCAUGCUGAUUUUUAGUUGUCGAUGAAUAUACAGAGACCAAGAGAAGGCCGUGAUCCAAAAGCCUAACGCAACUUCCAGGAGUUGAUUUUUUUUGGGGAAAAAAAAAAGCGACUGCCCAACAAAAACGUCAUCGUUUCGGCGAGAUACACACUCUGCGUCUUGCUCCGCAGACGACUUGAACGUUUUUAGUCUUAGUGCUUUGUUUCAGGACCUUGCCUUGUAAGCCAGAUCUUCUAGGGUGCUGGACUCGGCUCCAGUACUAGCAAUCGCCUCGCAAUGGAAUAAGGAUUCCUUUAUUAGGGGAUUUUAUUUUCUUUCUACUCAAUUUUCUCUCUCCGCCAUGGCCAACAACUCCAAAGAAGAGCCCAGAACCGCUCCCCAAUCUGAUCGCUGGUACAAUCUCACGCUUGGUCCUUCCUUCAAAGAUGAAUCUUCCAACAAAUACUGCACUCUGCGUUAUGAAUUUAAACCGGCUUCCGUUGAUAAGACUAAGCCAGGAUUACUUCGCAAGACCAAGGAAAAUAGGGUCUCUGUGGAAUUUCAGAAUAACCAAAUUGGAAAACCUAAGGUGACAUUUGAGGGGAGUAGCGAGGAAUACAAGGAAAAUGAUGCUGUAUUGUUCUUUGAUGGCGAGACAUUCCGAUUGGAGCGGCUUCAUAGGGCUGUAAAGCAACUGCGGCAUCUUCGCUUGCCUGGUGAGUCUACAGCUGCUGCUGCUGCUGCAGCUGUGGCUGCUCCAUCCGGGCCAGCUUUGGAUAUUCGGUCAUCUCCUAUUGGGAAGCCCACAAAACCCCCAGCUUCAAGUAGAAGCUCGGUUCAACCAAUUGAGGUGGAACGUAUUGAUAUUGGUGAACCGGAGAAUACUGGUAUCAAAUCUGGUGGUGCAAAGGUGUUGGCUGAUAAUCCAACUGAACCACCUACUGUUGGUACCACCUCACCAGGCAAAAAUGAAGUUGAGGAACAUCAAGAUAUAGAUAUUGAUGAUCUUUUUGGUAGUGGAUCACCUGAGGAGGACAAUAUUGUUGAAGAAAAAGAUAAUGUUGGAUUUGACAUGAAUAUUCCCCAUCAAAAUGACACUGAUGAUGAGAUUGCUGAUGUUGAUGAUAGCGGAGAUGAGGUUGACAAGGGACCCAAUGCUGCAGAAGCUCUCAGAGCCCAGGUGAAUGCUGAGGGGAGGGAUGAACAGUCUUCUAGUUCUACCAGUAGCAGUGGAAGUGGAAGCAGUGGGAGCGGGAGUGGUAGUGGGAGCAGCAGCAGCAGCAGUGACAGCGAAGGCAGUGAUGAAGACUCAGUUACCUCAGUCUGAGAGAUUGGGUCAAUGGUGUUGUCUUCCCUUUCCUCUUUUGGUAAUUCCAUGCAGAUGAUUCAGACAUAGAAUGCCAAGUUGGUAUUUAUUAAGUAGUGCUGGGCUUAAAGCCAUUCAGAAGAGUUGGGGGGGGGGGGGGGGGGAUGUAUUUGGUAAGUAAUGCCUGGCUUACCAUCCUGGUUCAGAGGGGAGGGAAUUUGUUAACCUUGAUGCCGAUGUGAUUAUCAAUUUGGUGGGGGUGUUCAAUGAUUUGAUGUAUGAAAUAUUCUCUUAUAAUCCUGUUAUUUUUGCAUUGAUGUUCAAAUGUAAAGCUGAUUUAAAGGUGGCAGUAA